AUGGAAUCACUGUCAAGCCGCGUUGGCUUGGAGGAAACUAGCGCAUCUUCACCUCCUUCAGCUCCUUGGCUUGCCGAAUGCACGUUUAGUGACGCUGCUGUCACGUAUGAGGCCUCCCCUCCCUCGUCGGAUACUGGCAAACGCAAUGAAAGACAUCAAACAAGUUCCCCUGCUAGGAGCGCCUGCCUACAGGGCUUGCCUUGCGAUGACCGUGGAGCUCAGACGAAGCCAAAUAUAUUUGGUGCUGCUUGCGGUGAACCCACGGAGCCUGCCUCGGAAGUGGUGGGCCACGAUGCAGCGCCUCCAGCAGUCGGCCCACAGGGAGGAAGCCCGGGGAUUGAAGUGUCAACUGAAUACGUGAUGGCGCUGCAGGAUGCGGGUCAAUUUAAUAUGUGGGAGCCGGUACUCCGUAAAGUGCUUCCAUCUCGGGAGCAUUCCCUCUUGCUGGGUCAGAUCUGCUUCGACGUGACAGAUGGGGACCAGCGAGGCUCUUGGUUGCUACCGGAAGAGCUGCUGGCUGAGGGGAUCGCGUCGGUUGGUGAGGAUCACGAGGACAGACAAAUCUUCACUAACACGCCGGUCAGUGAGGAAGAACAAGAGGCCAUAGAACAGGUCCUCUUGCAGCUUCUGGAGUCACAGAAAGCGGAUGUCGAGGAGAACACAGCAAGUCGAGACCCCAGCAUGAUUCUGGGGGUACAACCAGUCUGGUUGGAACAACUCGUGCUGCGGUACCUGUACAGCUGCUCUUUUGAUACUCAAAAAACCUUCGACCUUUUACAAUCAACACUGUCUUUCCGGAGACAGCAGCUUCCCGUGCUUGAGUCUGAAGUGUACUAUGAGCUGCGGAGCUUGGGCGCAUGUUAUUGGCAUGGAAGGGACAGGAAGUUGCGACCGCUUCUUGUAGUCUCACUGCAAAGAUUGCAACAGCUGCAGAGGGACGGUGGAAUGGAAGAGAAGGUUACUCGCCUUAUCAUCUUUUGCCUGGAAUUCUUCCUAAGGUACUUGUGCGUCGCAGGAAGGGUCGAAAGUUGGUGCAUCCUGUGUGACCUGAGUGGUAUAUCCAUUUCUAGUUUUCCAUUGCCGCUGCUUUUUAAGUUGAUGCAACUAAUACAAGGAUCGUAUAGAGGCCGCCUCUAUCGUUUUUACAUUCUUCACGCACCAAGGCUGUUUCACUUUGUGGCUAAACCACUGGUGGCUUCUUUGCCGUCAACUACAGCAAAGAAACUCCGAGUGUUCACAAGCUUCGAUGAGUGGCAGCAGGAGCGGCGAGCACAAUUUACUUCUCAUCAAAUUGAGGAGAAGUUCGGGGGGACAGCUCCGGAUGUAACCGAGAAUUGGUAUCCUUUCCGCUUUUACCCGGGGCCGUUUGAUCCGGAAGUGGAGAGUAGCCCAAGCGCUGUUGAAAGAGGAGUUGUUCGUUGGGACAGCGAGCCGGCGUUGCACACCAGGGUCCACCCCGUCGUACACUGUGGAGUAUCUCUCCACACGUCUAUUUUGCGAUCCCACAGCCCAGACCGAAGUAGCUCACUUUUCCGAUAUGCAUCUUGGCUGCACCAUCUUCCUGAACUGCAGCUAGCUCCAGCGACUGUUGCGUGGGCAAAGAAUAUGCUUCGCAGUCGCAUGGUGGAACACCAUGGGUCUCUGGCCGACUAUUUGCUACGGAAAGAGAGAGUGGCGCAAGUGUCGAAAGCGGAAAAUUCGUCUGGUGAAGCACGUGAAGUUCCUACUGUGGCUUCUCCUUUGUCGCGAACAAGACCCCGUUCUGUUUCUGAAGUUUUCUCCCCCGCCAUUGUGUCUCCAGGGACAUCUCCCGCUUGUUCGUUUUCUACUGCACUGCGUUCAGCGGAAUACAAGGCUGAUGCUGCCUGUAGUUCAUCAGGGCGGCAGACGGAGGUCUUAGCUUCGCAGAAAAAUUCCCAUCGAACUUCUGCUUUAUGGCCAGGCGAUCACUUUUUGAACGAUGAGACAGGUGGUACUGCACCCCCAGAAGCAGUGCAGAACCAUGCAACCGAACACCGCUCACUUGGUGCAGAAAAUGACGCCUUGAUUAGGAACAGCACCGCCGUCCAGAGUACCGUGCUUGUUCCCGGGCAAGCAGAGCGAUGUGUGAGAUCUCCACAAAAGUGUGCGGGGGAAGUCCGGCAGCAAGAGCAUGGCACUUCUGGCCCUUCUGUGCUCUGUAGUGCUGGCAGGACCGAUGCACCAUCAGAGUACUCGCAAGUCCUAUCAGAAAGCGCUCACAUGGAGGUUCCCUCAGAUCGAAUACCAAAACAUGCAGAGUGUGCCUCGAGCCCCUCCAAAAAGUUGGAUAAUUUCGGGACCUUAGCGCAUGACCGUGCCAGGUGGACUUCAGGCAAAUCUCUUGUUCUACCAGAAACCAAACGAAACGAUCAGCUUGUAGUCAGGUUUUCUUCUGUGGAGCCGCUAAAACGCACGAACAGUAAGUGUAGCGGAGCGGACUCUGCGGAAAAUUCAGGAGCUGUAUGCUGUCUUCCGUCACCGGCGGGCUGCACGGAAAUACCAGAGCAACAGGAACUAUAUGCUGAGGCAGAAGUGUAUCAGUCAAUCAUUCCAAGGCAGCUGCAGCACCCUCAUUCACCGCUUUCAAGAUCAGUGGGUGGUUCCUGUCGGACAGUAUCACUUCCAGAUGCAAGUGAAGGAGCCUUAGGCUCUCCGUCGAGCGCUUGCUGGCACAAUACACCAAAAUGCGAACGCACACCGAAAUUGUGGCUUUCGUCCAGCGAUAGCUUCUUCUCUCUCUCAUGCGACGCUCCGAGGGAGGUUCUAAACGCAGAGAGGCUGGCUUGCGCCUUUCUUGAGGGUAGGGCUGACCAUGUGGACCAGCCGCCCAUAUCGAUUGCGACUCCAGCUCCUAUCUCGAAAUCCCCGAAGAAUAACGUGGUGGAUUCUAUCCUCAAUCAUGGCAGCGUGUCAUACCGCAGCAAGCUCAGCAGGACAACAUCGUCAGUGGACUUGCAAAAGAUCCAUAUCCAAGGCAUUUCACAUUUUAUUUCUCCGGUUGCACCUGAGCCGUCUCCCUGUGUUUCAACUUUAUCUGCUACAGAAAGCAGCAUGUCAGGAAGUUGCGUGUUUUGUGAAGGCAGUAUAAACUGCCAGGAACUGUCUAGUUCGCGAAAAGACUGGUCCAGCAGUCAAAGGCAAGGGCUUGCAGAUCAGUCGUGCGGAGGCACGGGUGGCGGACCCUGUAUCUCCGCGCAGCUAAUGCACAGACGCAGUUCAUCAGCCACGGAGCAACAGUCAAAAGAAACUGCGGGAAUUUUCCCCGAAUCAGAAACGUCUCGUGUUAGGGAACUCCGAAGGCUAAGGCGUGUGGUGCGAGCACUUUGUAAUUCGGUCUCGGGAAAUCAUCGACAUUCGGAAAGGCGGCCAGCGGUUCAGUGUGGGUUACUCGAUCAGUGCGACUCGUCUUCACGAGAAACUCGACCGAGGCAGCUGCAAAGACGCUGCACUGGGAAAGAGUUGCACAGGACUGAAGUAAAACAGCUUGAAAAGUAUGAGAGUGAAGAGCGGCCUUGUACUGGGCUACGGCGGCGAUUCAGCUGCCGCUUGCUCCCACAGACUUGCCGCGCAGAGGGUGCCACUGUCCCAGGAAAUAUUUUGAAACAAGCGAGUGGAAUCCGUCGUCACAGAAAGGCGAAGCUUUACCGGAAGCACCCUGGAGUUAUCCCAAAGACGCGUUUUCCUGUCUCUGAGAGUACGUUACGUGCUAGUGAGAGUGACUGCGAACUCUGCGUGGGUGUACCGAGUGAUGCAAAGUUGUCUAGGAGUUUCUUCUCAACAUGCGGUACAUCAAGAAGAAUUAUUCGGCUGCCAGUAUCGCUUUCUGACCGAGUGCGGCGAGGAACGCUAGGGCUUGCUAGGAGAAUGCAGGGCAGUGUUCGCCGAAAGGUAAAAGUAUAG